AUGGACGACAAUAAUAAUAAGUGCCUCAGUGAAUUUGGCCCUAUUUACUGUAACUUACUAGAGUAUGCCAAUGAACAACCUGUACGUAUGCCAACAAUGCAACAGCUAAAUCAAAAGCGAACACUGAAUAAAGCACGGAACAAAUUGAUUAAAUCAAGUCGAUUCUGGGGUAAACGAAAUGUUGAUACGUUUAACGAGAAUGAAUCAGGUUUAAUGCCUGAUACCACAAAUACUGAUGGACCAUACAGACGAUUAGGCCAUCAGAAGUUUGGACUUGCAUUAUCAAGUCGUUUCUGGGGCUAA